AUGUCCAGUAAACCAGAAGAAGAAGAAGAAAAACAAGAAAAGAAAGAAGAUAAACAAGAAACGGCAGCUUUAGAAGAACCAGCAUUACCACCUGAAGUAGAUGCUUUUUUUAAAGGUAAAAACAAGUAUAAACAUCCAUAUGGUGAUUGGAAGCCUGUUGUCAAAGUAGAUUCAUCAAAACGGAAAACAUUGAGUGAUCAACUUGAUUUACCAGCAGAUAAUUGGCAUCUACCUGAAAAUCAACCUGCACCGGUAAUAUCAGAAAUAAAAGAUGAGUCUCACGUCAAAUUGACAUUUAAAGAACGGGAAAUACCUGGAAUAUCAUCAAGUUUAUCAUCAAAAACAAGCGAAGGAGUCGUAUUCAAGAAACGAAAAGCGGCCUCAAAUCGGCAAUUGCGUGGCUCGGCUAGCAAACAUGAUUAG